AUGGGGCUGAUGUCAACGGCAAUACCGGGGCAGUCAUUGCGGGCUGCAUCAAGGCAAGGCCAUGAAAACGUGGUGAAGAUGCUGCUUGAUAAUGGGGCUAAUGUCAACGCCCCGAGCGGGAGUCAGCGGGACAGUCCAUUGUGGGCUGCAUCAAGGCGCGGCCAUGAAAAUGUGGCGAAGAUGUUGAUAGCAGAAGGAGCUGUGAUGCCAAACGAAGAAAGCACAAGACGCAAGGAAAAGCGAAGAAAAGAAAGCGAAGAAAGCGAAGAAGAAGACGAUCCACCUGCGCAGCAGGCCGGAGCGGUUGACCCCUUUGCUACUCCCGCAAUCGCGAAUUGA